AUGAGGAGUAAUGAUGCUUAUCCACACACUCAAAUCCUCGACAAACAAGAAAGGAAGAUAGCUGCUAAUUUCACAGCAGUUAACUCCCCCCCUCACAGGAAUCGAGAAACUGUUUCCUUUUGGAAAUCAGACAAACGAACCCACAUACAGGAUUUACUUCAUCAUCACGCACAUUUAUUGCAUAAAGCCAAGAAAAAGCAGGCAUUAAACUCCAGAUUGGACUACAGCCUUCUGGUUCUGCCUCCUGUUGGAAGUCAUGUGGUAGUCUACUUUCCCCAAGGUCACGAUGAGCAGGAAAGUAUAGAUGCACAUAUUCCUAAUUACCCUAACUUGCCACGGAAACUUAUCUGUCAGCUUCACAGAGUGACAAAGAACGCAGAUGCUGAAACAGAUGAAGUAUAUGCGCAAAUGACUCUGCAAAGUCCAAGUCCACAAGAGCAAAAGUUGGUGUAUCUUCUGCCUGCUGAAUUUGGCACUCCCAGCAAUCAACCAACCAAUUACUUUUGCAAAACAUUAACCGCAAGUGAUACCAGCACACAUGGAGGAGCAGCUGAAAAAGCCUUCCCUCCUAUUGAUUACUCACAGCAGCCUCAUGCUCAAGAACUAAUUGCCAGAGAUCUUCAUAAUAAUGAAUGA